UAUACACUGAACAACUCAAGUCUGGCUUUUACACAAGUUCCUGAUUUGAAGUUGCAGAUAAUCAAAUUUCUACUCUAAAUUCCAAACACCACACACACCGCCGCUUUCAUGAAUACCCAGCCAGAAACACCACCGUGUGACCUCUGUCAAUCCAAUCCAUCAUCGCCGUCAGUCAUCCUCCAUGACGAGCUCAUCGCCGACAUCAAAUCCCGUCUUCCUGUCAAACUUCUCAUGCAGAUGAAGUGCGUAUGUAAGUUCUGGAAAACCCUUAUCUCUCAUCCUUCAUUCAUCAAAAUGCAUCUUCAUCGAUCUCAACAAAAUUCAUACUCCUAUGUCGUCUCUCGCAAGAAAUCCAAACAUGACGAUGAUUUCAUUUUCGUACCAUUUUCUGUUAAUCAUUUGUUACAAAACCGUUCCAUCACCUUUCCUAACGACCCUUAUUACCAAUUGAAUGAUAAGGAUUGUCGCGAUGUCAUUGGUUCCUGCAAUGGAUUGGUCUGCUUGCUCGGUUAUUCUCCCUCCGAGCAUGCGCAAACAGAAUUCUGGCUCCGUUUCUGGAACCCUGCCACAAGAACAAUUUCUGAUAAAUUAGGGUUUUUUCGUGAUGUCAAGCCUGAAUGGGGUUCAUGGAAUUUUGUGUUCGGUUAUGAUAACUCUACAGACACUUAUAAGGUUGUAGCACUAAAUACAGCUAAUAACCGCCGAGAGGUGACAGUUUUGAGUUUGGGUGAAAAUGUUUGGAGAACUAUUCAAAGUUUUCCUGUUGUUCCCAUUUUGUUAAGUUCUUCUGAUUCCAGAAUGUAUGGUGGUGUAUACUUUAGUUGCACUGUUAACUGGUUGGGAACCAACCCUAGAAAUGAUAAACUUUUUGAUGACUCCGUGAUUAUUUCGCUUAAUCUAAGUACCGAGACAUACACACAAAUGCUCCCCCCUUCAGGUUUUGAGAUAGUAAUACCACUUGUAGUACCAAGUGUUUGUGUGUUGAUGAAUUCUCUUUGUUUUUACCAUGAUGCCGAGGGAACCCACUUUGUUAUAUGGAGGAUGACAGAAUUUGGAAAUGAUAAGUCUUGGACUAAACUACUUAAACUCAAUUAUCGCAAUCUCCGAAUGAAUCAUAAAAUAGAACUUGAUUUUCUGGCCUUGAAAAUAAUGCCAUUGCAUGUCUCUGAAGAUGGUGAUACAAUAGUAUUCGCAAACAACCUAGAAAGCCGGGCCAUUCUCUAUAACCGGAGAACUAAAAGAGCAAGGAAAACUAGAAUUAACAAAAAGAUAGGUUGGUUCUCAAUGAAGGGUCAUGUCGAAAGCUUGGUGUCAACCUCUUGAAUAUCCACAGACUCAACUCUGAUCAAAUCCAACAUUACUGAUGAUACAUUUCAAGUUGGUAGGAUGAAAGAAGCUUAUUUGAGCUACAUUCUCUCCAGAUAUAGCAUUGGUUCUUGUGUUGUAAAGACAUUGUUGGCCCUCUUGAUGUCUAUUUAGGGUUUCUUUGGAAACAUUUGUAGCAACUUGUUAUUGCUUAAUGAGUGUGUGUUAUUUUACAACUUUAGUUCUGUUAGAAUAAAAGCAAUUGAAAAUGAUUGCACAGAAUGCUUUGAAUGAUAUGUGUGUAAUAUAUGGUUCACCAAUAAAUGUUACCUUUUGCUGCUGGCAGUUAAACUUA